AUUAUUAUUAGCCUUCAACUCUUCUCCUUAUAUAAACAGAGCCGUCACUUGUUUUUUUGGCAACAACACAAAGAACCUCUCUCAUCUCUCUGUGUUGCUCUCUCACCCCUCUCUCUGCUGAAUUUCUAUUCACAUUUCACCAGAAGUUACCAACAUGAGUCCUUUGAGUUUCAGAGGUUUCACAUACCUGUUUCUCAUUGUAUUUCUCAUUUGGUCUUCCAAUUUUGAAGCCUGCAUUGCAAGAAGAGGCAAGCACUGGAGGCAUAGCACCAGGGAUGAUGCAUCACCUGCUUUGUAUAAGAAAAAAGCAAAAAGUUAUGGAAAUGGUCACAACAAAAACCAUGGUGGAGGAUCAAAACCAAAGCCUCCAUCAUCACAUAAAGCCACCCCAACAUUACCAAAGCCUCCACCUCAUAAAACCAUUCCCUCACCACCAUAUCCACCACCAUCAAAUGAAGAUACCCCCACAACUCCCCCACCAAAACCUUACAACGGAGGCCAUUCUUCCUCCACCACCUUCAAUGUGCUAGAUUUUGGUGCCAAGGGAGAUGGAAAAACUGAUGACACAAAGGCAUUUCAAGCGGCUUGGGCUGAAGCUUGCAAAGUAGAGGCAUCAACCAUGGUGAUUCCACCAGACUACGUCUUCUUUGUGGGGCCCAUUUCAUUCUCGGGCCCAUACUGUAAACCCAACAUCGUUUUCCAGCUUGAUGGCACCAUUGUUGCACCAACAAACCCCAAUGCCUGGGGCAGAGGACUACUACAGUGGUUAGAAUUUACCAAGUUGGUGGGAAUUACCAUUCAAGGAAAUGGUGUUAUUGAUGGAAAGGGCUCUGUGUGGUGGCAAGAUCAUCAAUAUGAUGAUCCCAUAGAUGAUGAAGAAAAGCUCAUAGUCCCUUUAAACCAGACAGUACCAAGUCCACCACUGCCGAUUCAAAGUGAGCUGGGAGGAAAAAUGCCAUCUGUCAAGCCAACUGCACUACGCUUCUAUGGGAGUUUUAACCCAACAGUUACAGGCAUAACAAUUCUAAAUAGCCCACAAUGCCACCUCAAGUUUGACAACUGCAAUGGGGUUCUGGUCCACAAUGUGAGCAUAUCAUCCCCUGGGAACAGUCCUAACACAGAUGGAAUUCACCUUCAGAACUCCAAAGAUGUACUGAUAUAUGGCAGCACUAUGGCAUGCGGAGAUGACUGUAUUUCCAUACAAACUGGAUGCUCGAAUGUUUAUGUUCACAAUGUCAACUGUGGACCAGGGCAUGGAAUCAGCAUUGGAAGUCUAGGAAAGGAUAACACCAGAGCCUGUGUUUCAAACAUUACUGUCAGAGAUGUCAACAUGCACAACACAAUGACUGGUGUCAGAAUCAAAACAUGGCAGGGUGGGUCGGGCUCUGUACAAGGAAUACUAUUCUCAAAUAUACAAGUUUCUGAAGUUCAAUUCCCAAUUGUGAUCGAUCAAUUCUACUGCGAUAAAAGAAACUGCAAAAACCAAACAUCGGCUGUUUCUCUGGCUGGAAUCAACUAUGAAAGGAUAAAGGGGACAUACACAGUUAUGCCAGUGCACUUUGCCUGCAGUGAUAGCCUUCCUUGUGUAGAUGUUUCUUUAACCUCUGUUGAGUUGACACCAAUUCAAGAACAAAACCAUCUAUAUGAUCCCUUCUGCUGGCAGACUUAUGGUGAAUUGAAAACUCCAACACUCCCACCAAUUGGUUGUCUACAGAUUGGGAAGCCCACAAACAAUCGGAUUCAGACAGAUCACGAUUUAUGUUGAUCAGAUAUAAAUUAAAAUGCUUAGCCUGCUAGAUAAAGUAUGUAUAUUAUAAAAAUCCUACUAUAUAGGAAAUUUUCAUCAUUAGGGUGAUACUGAUUUAUCAUUGUGAGAAUAUACCGGCCCUGCAAUUAGCAAGAGGUCUAGAAUAGUAUAAUAGGUAGCCUUGUAGCUGUGGCAUAUGCAAGAGCGUGAGAUAUUAUUAUACGAGUGUUAGCAUUUAUGAAUAAAACUAUCGUUUUUUGCACGUCAGCA